CUUAACUUGGUCUUAAGAAAAUGGAGAAUCUGCAGAAUUUUGCACGUACGCCGCAAUUUCUGCGCAAAGUCAUCUCCGAAGCGAGAAGGCGGAUCAUUUGUUGAUACUUGUCGUGGAAGAUGUCCAACAGCUGUUUGGAAACAACUUCGACUUACACACAGCUAACAAGCAAUCAGCAUUGUGCCGCACGGUCCUGCUGCCCGGGAGGUAGUGCUUGCAGUGGAGCUGCAGGCGGUGGUAGCAACAUAAUGAGCUUUGCCUGGUUUCGUUUUCAACGCAUCUAUAAAUUGUUGCUUCUUGUAUUGCUGCUGCUUCUACUUUGGCCACUAUUCGCUCAACGCAACUUGCGAAAUCCUGCCAACGAUGUGCCCACCACCGAUGUCCAUCGCAGCCGACCGCUGCUGAAUGCUUACGAGGACUUUAGUUCGAUGCGUGCCAGCGACUUGAAAAUGCGUAUAGAAGAGAUGUUGCGCAUAAAAAGUACGGUUUCGGUGGAAUUGCGUGAAUUGGAGUCGCGCCGACAAAAAUUGCAAGCCGAUAUAGGCGGAUACAACCAAAAAAUUGAGGACUUGAAGCAAAAUUUAAUGCGUGAACAGACCGAGCUGGAACGUUUGAAAAUCUCGGUACAGCAAGCGCAAGUGGCCCAACGUGAAGCCGUCCAACGCAACACACCCGACUUAGCUUUGCCUCGUACUUUAUAUCCCUAUGUGUUGCCGCGCAAAAUGCCUGCAAUAACUGCAGCCGCAGCGUUGCCCUGCGAAAUGCACAAUUGCUUCGAUCACUCGCGCUGUAGUCUCACGUCUGGUUUUCCUGUGUACCUAUAUGAUCCAGACGCCUAUAGCGUGUUGCGUACUGGUUACGAUAUCGAUGGAUUCUUGAAGACCACGAUUAAACAAACUCUCGGCUAUAAUGCACACAUUGUGCAGGAACCCAGACUGGCUUGUAUAUUCCUGGUGCUCGUUGGCGAAGCUAUGUUGGAAAAUGAUUUGCUGAAGAACAAUCGAUAUGCAGCUGAAGAGGAAGAACACAAAGCCGCCGUGCAAUCACCUAAAAGUGAUGACCUGCCCAUUGACUUGGAUAAACUUUACCGGUUGCCGUACUGGGGUGGCGAUGGACGGAAUCACGUUUUACUCAAUUUGGCGCGUCGUGAUUUGCAUUCUACGCGCACAAACGCUUUUAUCAAUCAAAACACAAUGCGUGCAAUAGUUGUGCAGUCCACAUUUGAAUUGCUACAAUUUCGCCCGAAUUAUGAUAUAGUUGUGCCACCAAUUUUGGGGCCACCUGGCGGAGAUGUCUGGCAGGAAUGUGCGCUGAUGGUGCCAGCGCGUCGCACAUAUCUGUUAUCUUUUCAAGGCGAAUUACGCCCAGCUGACAAAACAGUGCAGUCGCAUCCGUUAGACGACUUUAUUUUGGAUCAUCUGGCGGAGAUGGCCAAAGGCGCCACUCAAGAUAAAUUCCUGUUGCAAUUCACAUGCAUGCCAGCCACGGAGCAAUCGGACAAAGUAGCUUUUGUGGAUUGGGCACUUUGCGGUACGGACUCUUCGCGCAAAUCCAUACUCAAAGAGUCGACAUUCGUGCUGAUUCUUCCGCCAUUGGAGAAAAGGAUAAGCUCUACACUGAUGUUAGCGCGCCUAUAUGAAGCGCUCAGGUCCGGCGCCAUACCUGUCAUACUCGGCGCUGACGAAGUUCGUCUGCCUUAUGCAGAAACUAUCGAUUGGCGGCGACUAGCACUACUGCUGCCUAAAGCGCGCAUUACCGAACUGCAUUUCCUGUUGCGUGCCGUGCAGGAUGCUGAUCUCUUGCAAAUGCGGCGUCAAGGUCGACUGAUUUGGGAGCGCUAUCUGAGUUCGGUGCAAGCUACGGUGGACACAAUCAUUGCCAGUUUGCGUGAUCGUCUUGGCAUACCACCGCGCCCAGUGUCACCGAUUGUCGCACAAAGCGUGUUCAACAACACAUUUAUACCGCUCAAAUCGGAUCCGCCAGUUGGUUUAGAUACAGAACCGGAGGAAUCGUUGGGUCCCAUCGAACCACCGUAUCCCAGUCCUACAUACAGGCGUAAUUACACAAUUUUACGUACGCAAUCGAGUGAAGCUUGGAAUGAUUGGGUUGAUCCGUUUUACAUGUAUCCACAACUACCUUUUGACCCUGUACUACCCGCAGACGCUAAAUUCCUUGGAUCCCACAUGGGCUUUCGUCCGAUCGGUAAAGGCAGUGGUGGCGCCGGAAAAGAGUUCAGCGAAGCACUAGGCGGCAACUAUCCACGCGAACAAUUCACUAUCGUAAUACUUACGUACGAGCGUGAGCAGGUACUUAUGGAUUCUCUUGGCCGCCUCUAUGGCUUGCCAUAUUUGCACAAGGUCGUGGUAGUUUGGAAUUCACCAAAGCCACCGCUAGAUGACUUGCGUUGGCCCGACAUUGGUGUGCCAGUGGCUGUGGUACGUGCACCGCGCAACUCGCUGAAUAAUCGUUUCCUACCCUUCGACGUUAUCGAAACUGAGGCAGUGCUGUCGGUGGAUGACGAUGCACACUUGCGACACGAUGAGAUUUUAUUCGGUUUCAGAGUUUGGCGUGAGCAUCGUGAUCGUGUUGUAGGCUUCCCGGGGCGAUUUCUAGCCUGGGACUUGAACUCCAAUCGCAAUUGGAACUACAAUUCCAAUUACAGUUGCGAGCUGAGCAUGGUGCUGACGGGUGCCGCAUUCAUACACAAAUAUUAUAUGUAUUUGUACACAUACCACUUGCCACAGGCGAUACGAGACAAGGUGGAUGAGUAUAUGAACUGUGAGGAUAUUGCCAUGAAUUUCUUGGUCUCGCACAUAACACGUAAGCCGCCCGUAAAAGUGACGUCACGUUGGACUUUUCGCUGCCCCGGAUGUCCGGUGUCGCUCAGCGAGGACGACACACAUUUCCAAGAGCGCCAUAAAUGCAUCAAUUUCUUUGUGCAGGUUUUCGGCUACACACCACUAUUGAAUACACAAUACCGCGCCGAUUCAAUACUCUUUAAAACGCGAAUACCGCACGACAAGCAAAAAUGUUUCAAAUAUAUUUAAGCGCCGUUAUUACGAUAAGCGAUAUUAAUGUAUGUACAUCCAAGUACAUAUGUAUGUACAUAAUAUGUAUGUAUGUAUGUAUGUAUGUAGGCUUCUAGAAGCUAUUUUUUAUGCACUGAAUUUAAGCUAAGCAGCAUCCUACACUACGCUAACACUACAUUUACAAUGGUCAAGAUUUAUGUGUGUGUUGGUAUGUGGAUAUACACACAGCCAUAUUUUGCUAAUAUAUAUGUAUACAGUUUUUGAAUUUAGUUCGUAAGCAUAAAGUUACAUUUUAUUUUGUAUUCUAGAAAAAUAGUUUUGUGCAGUUCUAUUCUUUAAUCUAACUAAAUAUGUAUGUGUAUGUAUACACAAGCAAAGUAAAUGAGAAAUACUACAUAUUUUUUGCAUAUCACUUCAAAUUUAAUGAAAACCUAUUUUGCUCAUUUAAAUUUUUAAAUCAUUUUAAAAUCGAAGAUCCUUGCACUACAUGCUUCGCCUAAAUUUAACUAAAUUUAAAGUUUUAAUAUCGUUUUCUAAUAAGCGAGUGCAUUACUUUAACUACAAAUACGUAAUAAUGCAUAGUCUUCUUCGAAACGCAAAAGGCCGUAACUAA